CUCAUGGUCUGUUGCUGCUGUUGGUGUGACCGGUGAAGUGGCGGUCUUCCAUCCAGCCGAGUACAACCUGAUAAAUUCAUCCAAGACCAUCUAUACAUCAGACGAAUGGGUUAGGAGCCUUGGCCAUUACAGGCAUGACCCUCGCGCUGGAUAUUCGGUUAAAGCGGGUCUCCAAAGUCUACCGUGAAGGGGAUUUAGUUACGGGACUCAUUGUCAUUCAAUGCAAGAAUGAAGUGAGACAUGGAGGCAUUUUUCUGGCACUUGAUGGUGAUGUAAAUUUGCAGCUUAGUGCAAGGAGUGUUGGAAUUUUUGAGGCCUUCUAUAACUCGGUCAAGCCAAUCUCUCUCAUCAGCUAUUCAUUGGAGGUCUCCAAGCCAGGAAAACUUUCUGCUGGUGUGACAGAGAUACCAUUUGAGUUCCCUCUGAAGGUUUCUGCAAACAAGAAGCUCUAUGAAACAUACCAUGGAGUCUUUGUCAAUAUCCAAUAUAUGUUACGAUGUGAAGUGAAGAAGGGAAUGCUGGCCAAAGAUACAGUCAAGACAGCUGAGUUCAUUGUGGAGUAUAAGGAACAUGCAGAAGCAGCAGUUAAGAAGCCAGUGGAAUUCACCAUAACUCCAGAUUCACUCUCCAAUGUGAAAGAUAAAUCUCGAAUUCCUUCCUUCAAAGUGAGGGGAAAAAUAGAUUCCACAUGCUGCUGCAUCACCAAACCAUUUACUGGGGAGUUGGUGAUAGAAGAAUGUGAUAUGCCCAUAAAAUCUGUGGAGCUGCAGUUGGUUCGAGUUGAGACUUGUGGUUGUGCAGAGGGUUAUGCGAAAGAUGCCACUGAGGUGCAGAACAUUCAAAUAGGAGAAGGAGAUGUUAUGAGAGGUCUUCCAUUUCCUAUCCACAUGGUGUUUCCUAGACUCUUCACCUGUCCCACUCUUGUGACUGCCAACUUCAAAGUUGAAUUUGAGGUGAACAUUGUGGUGAUCUUCAAUGAUGAUCAUCUCAUUACUGAGAAUUUUCCCAUCAAACUGACUCGAUUCUAAUCCAGAUGUGACCUGUGAUACUGCAUAUUGUCAUUUAUAUUAUAUUUCUUUUAAUAUCAUACUGUAUAGUAUGAAGCUUGUUUUGAUUGUGAUAUGCAAUCUUUUGUUGUUAAAAGAUGCUGGAAUAAGUUCUUCAUCUUCAUCAUUUUCUGUUCUGCACCAUUUAUCAGCCAUAAGCACAAAAUAGUCGUUAGCAUAACAAGAGCCAGUCGAUGGGAUUCUUCCAGUUCUGCAAUAUUUCACUUAUUGGGUUUGGAUGCAGUUCUUCAAAAUCAUGCCACUGAAAAAAGGCCUGAAUGGAUUCCUCCCUUGGCCAUGCAGAAUGAGGGAUGUCCUUUCCUUAAGCUUUUAUGCACCCAUUUGGUCCCCUGGGGACAUGUGGUGCUGUCACAGUGAUUGACUUGCAUCACACUGGUGCUACUUUUGUCCAGAUGUAUUGAGGCAGA